GACUGGACAGCAAGCUAUUUCAUCCAUUUCCUGGGUUAAACAGAGAUGGUUGGUGCUGAUGCUGUGGUGCUGUGAUGAUUCCUUUCCAUCAAUUGCAGGGAAAAGAUAGUUUUUUGUUUUACUCUCAGGAUUUCCUCUGACUAAAGGAAAGACUGUAUCCAUUAGGGACAAACUCCCAUUGAUGCAUCUAGGUCUGCUGCUGCAUUGAAAAGCUCUAGAGCACAAGGCUGUAGCUGGGUCAGGGAGGGAGAACAUAUCUACUGCUUUAUUCUGGAGAGAUUGCUUUCUUUUUCUUUGAGAAUGGCUCUUCCCAAGAGAUUGCUUUCAACAGAUGGUGCAAAAGAAAUUGGGUAUUUUACUCCAAUGGUUCAAUUGGGUGCCUGGUCGAGAACGGAAUGGCCUUCCUCGGCCUCAGAUGACACCCCAGACACCUGUCUCCCUGUGAAGGAAGAACAAACAGACAUCUGUGCAGACAUCGAGGUGGACUAUGUCACCCUGCUCAAAGACAGGGAAGAAAGCAACAGACAAAGCUUUCGUUCAAAUACCGUUCCUUUGGGAGAAACUCCCCGACAGACUCUAUUCCGGCUAAUGGAAGCUGCCCACCGGUGGUUGCAACCUGAGGACCGAACAAAGGGGGAAAUUGUGGACAUGGUGGUCUUGGAGCAAUUUCUACAUGUGCUUCCUUUGGGAAUGCAGUCCUGGGUGAGAUCCAGGAAACCAAGCAGCAGUGAGGAGGCAGCUCGACUGGCACAGACCUACCUGGAACACCAGUGGCCCGUAGCUUUCCAGGAUGUGUCUGUAUAUUUCACACAAGAGGAGUGGGACCUUUUGGAGGAGGAUCAAAGAGCUUUAUAUUACAGCGUGAUGCAGGAGAAUUCUGAGAAUGUGGCCUCAUUAGAAUUGCAACUUUCAGAACCAGAGGACUGUGAACAUGACACUGUGAUCCAGAUAGGGCAGAAAGAAAAGAUUAUGGAGUCAAAGGAGGAAGAGAACCCAAAGGGUUUUUCUGCAGGUCAUUGGUUGGAAAGUACGGAGGUGAAGAAGAAGCCUCAGCAGGAAGAGGUUAGAGCUGAGCCUAUACAAGAGAAGGAAUGUUGGAAUGGUUUCUUUGAUCCCAAUUUGUCCAAAACCACUGAGAUCAAAUCUGUAAGACAAUCAGAAUUCUUGCUACCAGAACGGACACAAGACUGUGCAGCUCCCGGAAGCGUGAAAAUAAUGGAAAGUUCUGUGUCAAAAAGAAAUUACAACUGCUCUGAGUGUGGGAGAAGUUUUGAUCGGAGUUCAAACCUCAUUAAACACCAGCGGACCCACACUGGGGAGAAGCCAUAUCCAUGUGCUGAAUGUGGGAAGCGCUUUGACCAACAAUCCAACUUGAAUGUUCAUUUGCGAGUCCACACAGGAGAGAAGCCAUACGUCUGUCCAGAUUGUGGCAAAAGGUUUAGCAUUAAAUCUCACAUGCAUGGACACUAUAGGACCCACACUGGAGAGAAGCCCUAUGAAUGUGGGGACUGUGGAAAGCAAUUCCGGGUGAAAGCUUGUCUGAAUAAACACCAGAGGAUCCACGCAGGGCAGACUGAGCUGUCCAAAGUAUUUGAGAUUCAAUCAGUUGAACUUCAGGCAAGAAUACCAGUUGUGACACAGCAAAAUGUAGCACCUCAAAAAGCAAAUUGCACUAAAAUUAACAGAAAUGCACCCCAAAAAGAAAUCCUUAUGUCAGAAAGAAAUUACAUCUGUUCUGAGUGUGGCAAACGUUUCAAUCGGCGUUCAAACCUAGUUAAACACUACCGGAUUCAUACUGGAGAGAAGCCGUAUUCGUGUGCCGAAUGUGGGAAACGCUUUGACCAGCAAUCCAACCUCAACGUCCAUUUCCGAGUCCAUACAGGAGAGAAGCCAUAUGGCUGUCCAGAUUGUGGCAAAAGGUUUAGCAUCAAAUCUCAUUUACAUGGACACUACAGGAUCCACACAGGAGAGAAACCCUAUGAAUGUGGGGGUUGUGGGAAGAGAUUCCGCGUGAAGUCUUGCCUGAAUAAGCACCAGAGGACCCACGCAGGAGAAAAACCCUAUAAAUGCCUUGUCUGUGAGAAAACUUUCACCUGUAGUUCCCAUCUUAUUAAACACCGUGUGGCUCACUCGGGAGAGAAAAAUUACAUGUGCUCUGAUUGCGGGAAGAAGGUUUUCAACAAUUCCGAUCUUCACAAAGGUGACAGAAUCCACACACAAGACUCUUUGUGUCAGCCCCUUCUCUGAAAAAAGAUUCCAUCAUGUUUCUCAGCAAAAUGAACAUAAAAGAAGCCAUAUGGAAAACAGCAGAAAAGGUUUUAGAGAGGACUCUGAGCAGAACAUAAACAGCAGAAUCCACACAAUGCGGCAUACCAGUGAUGUAUUUGUCAUUUUAAGGAUGUAGAUAUCAACAUUAACAGCAACUUUGGUUCCAGUGGAAAGGAAGGAUAGAAAUUAAAUAAAUAAAAAUAACUCAUUCAUAUUGCCUCUCUUGCUAUAAAAAGUAUGUAUCUAGGCCUCCGCAGAAUGACUCCUAACUUAUUCAAGGGUUGCAGCAAAAGCCAUAAUUUUGGCCCCAAAACAGGCCCUCGAUUUAUACAUGAGAUCAACUUAUAUAUGAAUUAAUACAGUAGCUAUCCUUAACAUUUUAAGGUUGCCUAUAAGUGCUUCCAAUAAGAGACUUGUAUAAGAAAAAUCUUUGGGUCGUCAAAUACUACAGAAAAUGCACAAGGAAUGGCCGCUGCUUUUAAGAAAUCAGAUGAAAACUAGGACUUGGAAAGGCACCUAUGAAACAACGAGAUGAGAUCAUGAAAUCUAAAGAUAUGCCAUUGAAUACUAAAAUUAGGGUUGUCCAGGGCAUGAUAUAUCUCCAAUUUCUAUGCAUAGCUGUGAAUACUGGACAGUAUCGGAACCUGAUAAGAAGAUAAUCAACUCAUUUGAAACGUGGUAGAGAAGAGUUUUACAAAUAUGGUGGACGCUCAAGAUAAAUAAAUUGAGACUGUAGUACACUGGCCGUAUUGUGAGAAGGCAUAACUCAACAGAAGAGACAAUAAGGUAAGGUUUCAGAUGGAGAGACUCAAUCAACACAGCCCUGAGUUUGCAAGACCUGAGGACAGAAGCUGAGAAAACUUCCCAUAGGGAGAUAAACAAUUUCAAUUCCAUUUGAUUUCCCGGUGUUGAUAGCAGCCCGACUAGAAUUAGAACAGAGUGCUUUUUCAUGUGAAACCGACAUUUGGAUUUCUUCUCUACCACUCAAUACUCUUGUGGGAACUGGAAGGAGGAAAAAAAUCCUGAAGUAGCAGUAUUCUCUUUUUUUUCUCCCCAUGUACAAUGAGUAGAUGUGAUGUCAUAAGGUGCAUCUACACUGCUAUGGCUCAAUGCUAUAAAAUCAUGGGAAUCCUAGUUUGGUGAGGCACCAGCACUCAUUGGUAGAAAGGCAAAAAAAUCGUAAAACUACAAUUAUUAUGAUUUCAUGACAUUGAGCCAUGGCAAUUAAAGUAUGUACACCCUUGCUCUCCACUUUCCCCAUAGAGGAGGAACAGCUCACAAGAGCAGAUUAUGAAGUUUGACAGCUGACUUUCCAGAUACUAUUGUGACAUCUCACGUCUGGUAUGAUUUGACUGGGUGGCUAUUGUUCCCUCCAACCAAUGAAAAGGCAAAGAGCUGGUUCCUCAUUUGAAUACGAGUCAGUAUAUAAUAGCAAACCUAAUGAGACCAUGGAGGCAUUCAUCAAAAGACAUUCAGAGGAGGAUAGGCACAGCAAACAGAAACAAUGGAUAUUGCCCAAAAUGGGAAUAUGAUGCAUGCUCAGAAGAGAAUGACAAGAAACCAGAAGAAGAGGCAACGUAGAAGACGGAAACAGAGGAACAGGGCAAUCCGUCAAGCGAGGAAUGCAAACUUCCCACCCAAGACAUUUGCACCUGAGAUGGAGCCACCUCUUUUCCUGUGUCAAGGAAAGGCAUCCCUGCCAAUCAAGGAGAAUGAAAAUGCCACCUCUGCACAAGGCGGUGCACCCACAACCCAAGAUGGGGAACAACAACAUUUCCUCAGCAACUCCAUGUCUUCACAAGCCACCGUGGACAUCCAGGUGUCCCCAGAUAUUGUAUGGCUUUGCAGGCCACCCAUGCUAAGAUGUCCACAGCAGCAAAGUACAUUCACCAACUAUUUGUGUCCACAACUGUGUGUCCCCAGCAACACAGUGGUCUCACCAACCAUUUGUAUCAGGAUGGGAAGCAAUCUCUGUGCUCUCAUUGCCAAUGAGCUCCGGUGUGAAGUCAAUGAGAUGAUGCCCAGGCAACUGAUACCGUGCUUGUUUAAUAAUGACCAGAAUGCCUCUCCCUUUUAGAAGAGCCACACUCCCUUUCUUCCCAACCUGGUCUCUAGAGGGAAGAAAGAAAAAGAGAAGCCUGGAAAAAAUCCCAUCUUUCACAUGACGGAAGGUCUUUCGUUGCCAUCUGAAGGUCCAAGAAACCCAACACUUUUAGAGGAAAUGAACAAUGAUCAAGGGGUAAAACAGGUAUUUAUUAGGACACAUCUUGAAAAGAACAUCUGCCUAAAGAAGCCUCUGGUUUUCACAAAGAACAAACUUUCUUGUUUCAUCAACUGUUGGAUUUCCAGAUAUCUCAGACUGCACACGAGAGAUUUUCUUCCAGAAGAAGACAAAGCAUCUAAUUAUUAUCAAGCCAAUAAAGUGGGAUUUUACAAUCA